AUCCCUACUCUAAUAUUAUGCCGGUUGCGCAUUUAAAUCAAAACAUAACCGCUAAAUUCAUGUACAGUGACAAACUUGUAGGGGUGUGAAGACCAGGCAGAGAACAGACCAGAUUUAUUCAAAAUGUCUACCAAUAGCUUCUUUGGAUGGAAUCUUCUCUACAACAGUGUCACACAAGACAUCAAAUCAAACCAGGAUGUCUUAAUAUGCCUUGCACAUUAUGUCUUGAUAUCAAAUGGCUUUGAAUGCAUUGGCAUUGGAGACUCCAAGAACAUGGAUGGUAAUGAACCCAAGUCAGAAGCUUUGCCUGCAGGUUGGGUAGAUCAUCAACUUCGAUAUGUCUAUCAAGGCAGGUUGUAUCUCCUUCAAGGUACUAGCUUAGAUGAUGGCAUCAUGAUAAAUCUCAUUAGAGUAGAUGAAAGAACCACAUCUAUGAUACAAUUAAACAGUAGGACUGUUCUAAGGAGAACCGGAAGCAUUGAUGACAUGAUUCCCAACAACAAAGAAGUUGUCAAACAAAUUAAAGAGCAACUGAUUGAUAAGGUAAUCAUCAGCAGUAAGAGCAAAGAUAGUGGCAGUCAGACAGCACCACAGGAGGCCCAGAGAACAGGAUCUGCUACAAGAUUUAUUGAUCCACCAGAACCUGCCAGGAGUCUACCUGGUAACCUUGGACUUGGCCCUGGUAGAUUUGGAGGUGGGCUUGGUAGUGAUGACCUGGAUCCAUUGGCAGGUAUAGGUGGACCACGGUUUGGACCCGGAGGCAGUUUUAACCCAAUAGGUCCGCUGGGUGGUGGUGGAGGAAUGUUAUUUCAGCCACCAGGGCGUUUUGAUCAGCCUAGGGGAGGUGGAGGGGUUCCUCAUGGUAGUAUUCCACCUGGUGCAAGGUUUGAUCCAUUCAGGCCACCUGAUGUUGAUGGUUUACCGCCUAGAAGGCGCCCGAGACCAGAUAAUGACGAAAUGCCACCGCCGGGAUUUGAUGAUAUGUAUAUGUAAUUCUUAACAAUAAAACCCCCCACAUUUUCUACACA